CCUCCAGUCGCGGUUCCCCCGCCGUGCCCCGCGCUCGCCACCCCGAGUGGUCGGUCUCGGGGCGCCGCUGCUGGACGCCCGCCCACCCGUCCGACGCCAGCCUGGGUCGUGGGCUUUCUCUUUCUCUUCGCUUCCUGCGUUUGGGGAGGCUGUGAGGAGGCGGCGGGUGCGGCUUGGCCCGGGAGCCGUCGGGGAGCGAUGAUGAUGUACCUGAAGCCGUCCUGGGCGCACGGCUGCGGCGGUCUCCUGCACCUGGCCGUCCUGCUGAGCCUGGCGGGGCUCCGCAUGGACCUGGAUCUCUACCUGCUGCUCCCCUCGCCGCCACCCCUGCUCCGGGACCCCUGGGCGUUUAUGGGGAACCCGGGCGGCGCUGCCUACGCGCUGCCUCCCUUACGAGGAGGAGCCGUCGGGGGCUCGGACCAGCUGCACCCCAAGUGCUGGGACGCGGACUCGGCUUUGCAGCCCGAGGGGCAGCACCUGCUGCAGGAGGUGCGCACUCUGGGGGGCCCCUUCAUCCCGCGUACGCACGUGGAUGCUUGGCUGGUGCACCGCGUGGCGGCGGCUGGGGGAGCCGACGGCGCCCCGAGACUGCUGGGGAAUGGUGCCCCGACCGAGGCUAGCGGGGGCGGGGGCCCUGGAGACCCCGGCGGCAGUAGCAGCGGUGGCGGCAGCGGGCCGGCCCGGGGUGAGGACAAGGACAAGGAGGCUGAGGAAGAGAAGUCCCCGACGGCUGCCCCAGCCUCAGGAGGCGUCGAGACCAGCGGAUGGGCGGUUCAGGAGAGCAGUGGGGAUGAGACAGAUGUAGGCUGGCCUCUGGAAGACAUCUUCCAUCUGAUGGCGCCCCCGAUGGAGAGUCCCCCGGAGGGCAUCUUGGCUCGCCCCCCGAUGCUUCUCUGUAACAACAGCUGUGAUGGCGUGGACGAUCCUGGGCAGUACAGUGUGAACUUCAGCCAAGCAAUCAGUCAUGACGUUAGUCUCCACGAGGCCAUGUUGUGGUGUCCAGAGACAUCCAGAAGAGACCCGAGGGCUAGGCAGCCUCAGACCCUGGAAACAUUCUUACCCCUGAAUUCCGGCGGUGCCCUUCCUCUUCCAGGGAUGGAUUGGGCAGGGCUUUUUCCAUCUGCUGAGAGCAGGACCAGGAACCUAACAGCCCAAGACCUUCUCUUGGACCUCGAUGAAAACAUAUUUGAUGAGAUAAAUCUGAUAUCCUUCGCCAUGGAGGAGGGCUUUGACCCGAUGGCAGUGUCCCAGCUUUUUGAAGAGCCAGAUUCUGAUUCUGGCCUCUCCUUAAAUUCCAGUCACACCAGCACAUCUGCAGCCAACCCUAAUUCCUCAGCUUCCCUGUGUGAUGACGAAGGUGCUGUGGGUUACAGUAGUGACGCUGAAUCUCUCUCCCACCGGGGACUCGAGGGCGCUGUCGGAGGUCACUGGCCGGAGACCAGUGAGCUGUGUGGUUCGGAUGGUGAGAAAGGUUUGGAGCCUUCCGGGGAACCUAUAUUGGAACAUAUUUUUCACAACCACACUUAUUACCUACUGCCAAGUGCCCCCUCAUCUGAACCUCUCCUUCCGUGGUCCCACCAGUCCCAGAACGUAAAGAGGAGCGGCUAUCACAGGGACCACGACAGCAUCCUGAGCCAGGAUGACCACCACGCCAAAACGUUGUGCCUUCCCUUCUCAGUGGAUGAAAUCGUCAGCAUGCCCGUUGACUCCUUCAACAGUGUUUUAGCCAAGAGUUAUCUGACGGACACACAGGUGUCCCUGCUCCGGGACAUCCGAAGGAGGGGCAAGAAUAAAGUGGCUGCUCAGAACUGCCGCAAGCGCAAACUGGAUGUGAUUCUGAGCCUGGAGGAGGACGUGUGCAGCCUUCGAGCCAAAAAGGAGAGCCUUAAGCGGGAGAGGGCCCAGUGCAGCAAGUCCCUUCACCUCAUGAAACAGAAGCUACGUGACCUUUAUCGGGAUGUUUUCAGUAGGUUAAGGGAUGACCAGGGCAGGCCUGUCAACCCCAACCUGUAUGCUCUUCACUGUGGCCGGGACGGCAGCGUUUUGAUUGUACCCAAAGAGCUGAUGACUUCCAGUCUUAAAAAAGACAACCAAAAGGAAAAGGAGAGAAAAUGAGGGGAGGAAUUCUAUUCAAGGGAAUUCUCUGGAGGGAAGGUUACCUUGGUCAAGGAGCCUGGGGAAACGGGGUCACAUGAAAAACCGGAAUAGAAUCAUGACCUAUCGAACCUUUGUGACUUCUAACUUGGCAUGGCCUGGCCCUAGGUGGUUGCUGCUAUCCCAGGGUGCUCAUACUCUGAUGAACAAAUUAAUUCAACAGAUGAACAUGUGACUGGGUCAAAAGCUCAAGCGAGGACUUCCAAUUUAGUCCAUUAGGAAGUACUGCUAUACGGACUGGCAGUGUGAUUUCUUUUUUAGCAAGUCUUCAGAUGGUACCAUGCUAGCAACCACCAACCUCCCCUUCCCUCCCCAAAAAAGGUGAUAGACCAGAAUUUGAAGUCAAGUGGAGAGUGUGAAAGCAUGGGAUAGGACAGCUACCAAGGCAUUUUGGGUAGUGGCCACAUUUUAUAGUAAGAUGGAUGGUCACUUUUUUUUUCUUUUCUUUUUUGGUUAGGCAAUUGGGGUUAAGUGACUUGCCCAGGGUCACACAGCUAGUGUCAAGUGUCUGAGGCCGGAUUUGAACUCAGGUCCUCCUGAUUCCAGGGCUGGUGCUCUGUCCCCUGCACAACCUAGCUGCCCCGUGGUAACUUUCAAAAAAAAAAAAAACCCCUUCAUAUUAGAAGAGGAUUCCCUGUUUUCAUUUGGAGUAGCCUCUAGAAAUUCCAAGUGAUCUUUUGUUCUCAUUCAGUUGUAUCUUGACCCUUCAUGACCUUCAUGACCCCAUUUUGGAAUGGAGCAGUUGGCCAUCUCCUUCUCCAGCUCACUUUGCAGAUGAGGAAACUGAGGCAAACAGGGUUAAAUGGUUUGUCCAGGGUCACAGAGCUGCCCCAAAGUGACCUUAGUUUGCCAGAUUUUUUUCAUUUAGUCUGUUAGCACUGGAACCCAGAUCAGCCUUUCCAAAGCAAUUUGUAUUUAGAAUUUUGUGAAUACUUAAUUUAUGUAUUUUUCUUGCUAUGAAAAUAAAUUAUUUGUAGAAAACUAGUUCCCCCCCCCUUUUUUUUGUUCUGAAGAUGUCCUGGUGGCUUUUCAGACUUUUUAUCUAUCUAUACCAAAAUCUUAAACUGUCAUUGUUGAUUCAUUUUGUUACUUUUAGUUACUUCUUUUAAGCCUGCUCUGGAAAACAUCUGUAAUGUGUUUAAUUAUCAACCAAUGACUUUUCCUCCUAAACCCUUAACCUGAUUUCUUUGUUGCUCUGAGACAGAAAAAUCGUCCUGUCAGUACUUGAGUGGUCUUUGGCGUAUGGUUUUAUCUGGAAAAUCCUUUGUAAACAUUUUGAAUUUUUAGUUUAAACCUAGGAAUUUUCAAAACCAAAAACUUGCUUAUAAUUAUGCAAUUGAAUUCGGUUGAAAUAGAUGGAUCAACGGAGCUAAACUGUUCACCUAUAAAUGGUAGGGCAUCCUUAUUUCCAAAAUUUUGCUAUGUAUAAUUUCAAAACUUUUUGCUACCUGCCUGUUUAAACUGUUUUGUCUUAAAUUAAGCAGUCUCUUCAAGUAAGGUCCAGGAGUUUAGAAGUAUGCUCUGAAAGGGUGCCUGUUUGAUUAAGGGUACUGGGCCUGUUUUAGGGAGAGGAUGGGGCCACCAUGAUGAUAGUCCAAAGGCCAGUAUGAUGGUAAUUGGGAAACCCUGCGCACCCAGCAGAAAAGCCCAGAUGAAUUGUACUUUUCUUAAUGGAAUAAACAUGUAGUGAUUUGUAUUUUUGGUCCUUCCCAUCGAUGUUCAUGAAACGGCCAGACAGUCGAGUCUGGUCCUGCCUCACUGUGGAGGGGGGCAAGGCCCACUGUGCUUCCCAGAAGCGGGCAUGAUGCCCCUGGCUCAAAAAUAAAGUGGCUUCCCCACCUCUCACCUGACACCUGUGCCUGAUCCAAGAAUCCUACCAAGAAAUGCUCCUAAGGUUGUUAAACCAGCCUUUCUUCCUUCAGAGGUGGCCCCCCCCUACACCUCCCAGUAUGUUUAUUCAGGAACCUUUUCCCCCCCUUCUUUGAAAAAGCAAUCAUCAGGUUCAGGGUGUUCAUUCCAGCAAUGCUACCCAGGUCUUUGAUCACUCAAGUGUGG